UAACCACAUAUUCAAUCACAAAGACAAAUAUAUAAUCCUCUCUCUCUUUUGAUUCUCCACUAAUAAAAAUAAAAGCUAAUCCCUUCUCUCUAUAUAUAUAUUUUUUUCUCAUCAACACAGUACCGUACUAAACCAGCUUUUCUUUCUCUGAAAAGAGUUUUAAUGCUAAGCGGAGCAGCCUAUAGCUAGAACUGUGUGCCCGCUCUGCGUUUAAUGCAAAACGGCGUCGUUAAGCUAAAAAAACUUCUGUUCUUCUGACACUCUCUUCCUACUCUCGCUAUUUUCCCACCACAAUUAACACCUUCUUCUUCUUCUUCUUCUUCUUCUUAAAUAGAAAAAGAAUCUUUACAUUUUUGCCUAUCAAAUUAUUUCAAAAAUGCUCGAAUCGGUAAAGUACUUGAUCGGCUCAGUCGGAGCAAGCGGUUUCGGCUCCAAGUCUACUGCCGAAGAAGUUACUCAGAACUCUGAUCUACGAUCUCUCACCGCCAUUAUUACUGGAGCUACGUCAGGAAUCGGAGCGGAGACGGCUCAAGUUUUGGCGCGGCGCGGCGCGAGGUUGAUUCUUCCAGCUCGGAAUGUUAAAGCCGCGGAAGAAGCAAAGUCGCGAAUCUUGUCUGAGUAUCCUGAUUCGGAGAUCGUCGUUAUGGCUCUCGAUCUUAGCUCUCUUAACUCUGUUCGUCGAUUCGUUACUGAGUUUGAUUCUCUUCGGUUACCUCUUAAUCUCCUCAUAAAUAACGCCGGAAAGUUCGCGCACGAGCAUGGAAUUUCUGAAGACGGAAUCGAAAUGACCUUCGCCACUAAUUAUUUAGGUCAUUUUCUACUGACAAAACUUUUACUAAAGAAUAUGAUCGAAACGGCUAACGUUUCGGGAAUCCAAGGCCGAAUCGUGAACGUUUCGUCCACUAUACACGGCUGGUUUACCGGCGAUACAAUCCGAUAUAUCGGCGAGAUUAGCCGAAACAAUAGACAUUAUGAUCCCACACGUGCGUAUGCGCUUUCGAAACUUGCUAAUGUUCUACACACGAAGGAACUCGCAAGGAGACUAAAGAAAAUGGAAGCUAAUGUGACUGUAAACUGUGUACACCCGGGAAUCGUGAGGACAAGACUCACCAGAGAACGUGAGGGUCUUAUUACAGAUUUGGUGUUCUUCUUGGCUUCUAAACUCUUAAAGACUAUUCCUCAGGCAGCAGCAACGACAUGUUAUGUUGCAACAAAUCCAAAGGUGAAAAAUGUGAGUGGAAAGUAUUUUGCGGAUUGUAAUGAAACGACGUCGUGUAAGAGAGCUUCUAAUUUAAAAGAAGCGAAUAGGUUAUGGUGUGCUUCUGAAAUCAUGGUUUCUAAUAUGGACAACAAAUCAUCUCUUGCCACGUUUACAAAUUUAAUAUAAUAAUACAUAGAAAAUAUUUAUUUAUAUAUAUAUAGAUAUUAUUAAUAUUUGACUAUGAAGAAAGACAAAAAAAAAUUAGAGAGAAGGAAUAUGUAACUGGGAGAAUAUACGAUUUAGACAGCUAGAAAUAUAUAUUAUUAUAAUUAAGGUGGACUUGCUUGUAUUGUAUGAUUGUGUGUACGUAUGAUAUGAUAUAUAUAUAUAUAUUAUAUAUCUACCUAUAUAUAUAUUGUUCUAAAGUAGUAUUAAUUUUAUCCUUAAUGGGUAGUUGUACUUGUAAGCUCUCUAUUAUAUAUAUAAGCAAGUUGUUCUCUUU